AUGGGUAGAACAUUUGGAGCACGCCAUACGUCAAUUGAAACUCGAAAGUCCAUUCUUCGAGGAAUCGAUCGAGGAAUGAGGCAAGUCGAAUUAGCAAAACUAUAUAAUGUCUCCAGAGCGACCAUCUCCGCUUCCGCUUUUCUGAAGAGGGUAUCAACAUGUGGAGUAAUUGGAGCAACGCCGAAUCCAGGACGAAGCCGGAUGACCACAAGAGUUACCGAUAGGAACACCUUUCAAAUGAAUCGUGCUAAUCCUAGGCUCACUGCCUCCGAUAUUCAAAGUGAAUUGGCCAUCGUAAAUCAACACAUCCCAUCAGUUAGAACUGUUCGAAGACGCCUACAAGAUGCCGAACUCAAUGAAAGGCGUCCUGCAAAAAAAACCACUCAUUUCAAAAAAGAAUCGUGUUGUUCGUGUCAAAUGGGCUAA